AUAAAAUGUAAGCAUAAUGGCGACUUCUUACCGACUGAUGUGAUCGAGGACACAAAAGUUUGUCGAUCAAACACUUCAUGGUCAUUUCAAUCUAAAAUUUAUAUGCUAUUAAAAUCAAACACGUCAAUAGGUAAAUUGCGUAUUAACUCAGUUUGUAGAUAUAUAAACCGGCUAUCUCUUAGAAUUAUAUACCUGUAAAGGUAUUUUCAUAAAAUUUCCUUUCUGCAGUUGUACAUGCCGACUGAAUAUUUUUAUGAAUGUCCCUCGCGUGCACAGAGGAAUCCUAUUCUUCUCACGCAAGAGGAUAUUGCUGUUGGAAAAUGUAAAAAAUGGACUGAAUUUGAGAUCUAUGGGGGUGUUCGACAUAUUUCACCGGCUGUCUGGAACAUGAAGUUUUUAACUCAUUUGCACUGCGCAAAUAAUAGCAUCCAAAAAAUACCCCCAGAAAUAGUUCAAUUGGAGUGUUUAACUUGUCUUGAUUUAUCUAACAAUAAACUGAGACUCAUUCCUGCUGAAAUUGGUGACAUGACAUCUUUACGAGAUUUAAACCUGGCCCACAACAACAUAAGACAACUACCCUACGAGCUUGGACGACUAUUUUUAUUGAACAACUUGUAUUUGAAGGGAAAUCCGUUGUCUCAAGACAUUUUAACGAUUCUUAGUGAGGUACCGAAUGGAGCAAAUCCCACACAAAAGCUCAUCACCUCCUUUCUGGAUAAUUUACCAGUGGAUUUAGUUCUGAGCAAAGAAAAUAAACAUCGUUCAAUAUCGCCAUCUAAAUCGAGGCAACUCGUGAGACCUCAUAAACAUUUUAAUGAAGACAUAUCGAGGGAACUUAGCAAAGAAGAGUUGGAAAGAUUAUCACACCUAACUACAGGAGUGGCUCUUCAAAAAGUAUCAUCUUCCCACGUACCUUUAAUUACAACUCCCGUUCACUCAGUUAGUGUUCGGGUUGAAGAAAAUGUGCAACUAACGAUUAAUCGACAUUGGUGUCGGAGAGAGAAUAGAAUUAAAAGGAAAAAGAACUGGAUUUAUGAAAGACGAUGGCCAGGGGGACUACCCCCACUUUUUCCAAUCAUUCCCUCACCAAUUGUUGUGCCUCGACAAUCUCGAACAGCCGACUUUCUAAGUAGAACAGAAAGAUUAGCUCAUACUCCUGCCUAUGAAAUUGAUAAAUUAACAACGACAAGCCCACCUCAACGACCGUGGAUAACCUUAUCAAGUGGACCACGGGAAUUACCAUGCGCAUCAUUUACCGUUAUGUGUUACAAUAUUUUGUGCGAUAAAUAUGCGACCCGGCAACACUAUGGCUAUUGUCCCCAAUGGGCAUUACAAUGGGAAUACCGAAAGCGUGGCAUAAUGGAAGAAAUCAAACACUAUUCUGCGGACAUAAUUGCUUUACAAGAAGUCGAGACUGAUCAGUUUUAUAACUUGUUUUUGCCAGAACUGCGCAAGAAUGGAUAUAACGGUAUAUUCUCACCUAAAUCACGCGCUAGGACAAUGACCGAAGCGGAAAGAAAGCAUGUUGAUGGUUGUGCUAUUUUUUAUAAUUCUCGAAAAUUUCGUUUAGUGAAGGAGAAUUUAAUAGAGUUUAAUCAAUUGGCAAUGGCUAAUGCCGAAGGAGAAGGAGGAAAGCAGAUGCUAAAUAGAGUUAUGCCAAAAGAUAAUAUAGGAUUAGCAGCUAUACUUGAAACAACAGAUGCUGUUUGGGUAGAUUCUAAAGUAGGUGAAACUGGAAAUCAGCAACUGCUUGUAUGUACCUGUCAUGUUCAUUGGGAUCCUGAAUUUUCUGAUGUUAAGCUAGUGCAAACUAUGAUGCUUAUUCACGAAUUACGUAAUAUUAUUGAAGAGAGUUGCAUUUCUCUUCGACCUGGAUGUCCAGGUCCUGAUACAAAUUCUAUUCCUCUUGUUUUGUGUGGAGAUUUAAACUCGCUGCCUGAUUCUGGGGUAGUUGAAUACUUGGUCAAAGGAAGAGUCAGUACAUCACAUUCAGAUUUUAAAGACUUUGAGUACAAGGAUUGUGUUUCAAAAUUGGCUGCUUGUGGUCUAGAAGGAGAAUCCUUCAUACAUCCAUUCAAACUUGAGCAAGCUCAUAGUUCUGCUUUAAUGCCCUAUACCAACUAUACAUAUGACUUCAAGGGUAUCAUUGACUAUAUUUUAUAUUCUAGAAACUCUAUGAGGCCUGUCGGAGUUCUAGGCGCUCUUGAUCAAACGUGGCUAAAUGAGCAGAAGGUGCUCGGUUGCCCACAUCCUCAUGUUCCAUCUGAUCAUCUCCCUCUUGUUGUCGAAUUGGAACUGUCGCAAUCGCGGCGAAGCUGA